AUGUUUGCCGGCCACUUCCCCGAGGGUUUAAGUGUCCUAGUAUUUGAUGAAGAUCCGGCGUAUCUACAAGAAGUGGAGAAGCAUCUCGUAGGUUUUCAAUACCGAGCCUGCAUAUGCAAUGAAGAGCAGCGAGCCAUGUAUCUACUCCGCAACCAUAGGAAUAGAUUCGAUAUCGCUAUCAUCGAAUCACAAAAUUCAAAGGGUGAUAGAUCCCGGCUAAUCUCGGAAAUUGGAGUAGAAAUGGAUCUUCCAAUCAUUAUAAUGUCUAAAGACGAUUCAGUGGAAUCAGUGGUCGAUUGGAUGAUGAAUGGUGUCUGCGACUAUCUUAUAAAACCAAUAAACCCUAAAGAUCUAAGAAUGAUAUUCAAACACGUGGCAAAGAAGAUACAAGGACGGAGGAGUGUGGCUACCGGAGAGGAGGCAGAAGAGAAGGCGGCAGGAGCCACGGAGAAGUCAUCCUCUAUGGAAAAUUCCACCAUAAAAAACCCUAACAAGAGAAAAAGAGGCAUUGAGGAGGAUCAUGAUCGUACUUCCUUCUCCAAAAAAAGGCGAGUGGUGUGGGAGGAUGACCUUCACAAAAAGUUUCUAACCGCCGUGGAACAAUUGGGCCCCGCCGAUGCUGUUCCAAAGAAAAUUUUAGAGUUGAUGAAUGUUCCCAACAUCUCUCGAGAAAACGUAGCCAGCCAUCUCCAGAAAUUCCGGAUAAGUUUGAAGAAACAGAAUGAACAGAAAGAGAGAGAAAGGAUUCUAUCUUUAACAUCUCAACAAGAGAGAAAAAUGUAUGGUGGAGAAGAAGCAACCGACUUCUACAGAAGAGGAGAUGUUCAAUUCCCAACAUAUCAUAUCAACAACAUCCCUCAACCUUGUGUUCAUCAACAACAAAUCACGAACACUAAUCUCAUGACACAAGUUGUGUCACCUCUCGGACAUCAUCAUCUCGAUGAUGGAGUCUCUGUCGCAGUUUCCAGUAGAAACCUAGUGAUGACUCAUCAGCACAAUCAGACUUCAGAGUUGGCAUGUAUCGAGAACACCGAGGAAAGUUUUGGUUAUAACAACUUUGAGAUGCAUAAUGAGGACGACGGUGAAGUUGAAAACUUGACUCGCUUGUUCAUGCAGAACUCACAAGAGCCAGGUUUGUUCCAAUUCCACGAGUCGGUUAUGGCGACCACUACGAUGAUUCCUAGUCAUCAGCAUUCCUCUGCUUCACUCGAGGUGAAUCAACAACAGAUGAUUAACGGUCAUGUAACUGAGCCACCUAUGAUGCAUCUACCUUUGUUUCCUUCUUCUUAG